AUGGCUAAACUCAUCCUUCUCCUUCUAUCAGCAUGUGUGACUAUCGAAGCACUGCUACGUGUCGCCCUUAACAAAACCAUCCAUGGCCGAAGUUCUUAUAAAUCGAAGGCGAUAGCUGAAUAUCUAAAGCAGAAGUACAUCAAGGGCUACAAACCUCGCUCAGGGCACGCCUUCAACGAAGAACUCUCUAACUAUCUCGAUAUGCAGUACUACGGCACGAUCCAGAUCGGAACUCCUCCUCAAACCUUCAAGGUGGUAUUCGAUACGGGCUCGUCCAAUCUGUGGGUUCCGUGUGUCGAAUGUGCCUCUACCAACAUCGCCUGUCAGAAACACCGAAAGGUUAGGCUAGGGUGUCGGGGCCUGCUCUAUGGAGAUUAA